UGAUAUGAUAAACGAUUUAGUUUUUGUUCUUUCAAAUUCAAGUUGAAGCUUAAAAAAAAAUUCAGUGUCUUCGCUGUUCAACAAGCAAGGCAAAAAUCUGUAACCGUAACUGUAACCGUAACUGUAACUGAAUGGCUACAACACCACAACAACUUAACGCUUCCACCGAGUCACUUCCUCUUCAAGACCGAGUCGCAAUCGUUACCGGUUCGUCCCGCGGAAUCGGUCGUCAACUCGCUCUUCACCUGAGUUCACUCGGCGCUAAACUUGUCAUUAACUACUCCUCCUCCAACUCAUCUCCAGCCGAUUCACUCGCCGCCGACCUCAACGCCGGCUCCCUCCCUCCUCGAGCUAUCGUCGUUCGCGCUGAUAUCUCCGAUCAAGCUCAAGUCCAAUCUCUCUUCGACUCCGCCGAACGCGCCUUCGACUCACCGGUUCAUAUCCUGGUCAACACUGCCGGAGUCCUCGACAGCACCUAUCCCUCCGUCGCAAAUACUACAAUCGAAAGUUUCGACCGCGUUUUCGCGGUUAACGCGCGUGGUGCAUUUCUAUGCGCGCGUGAGGCAGCGAAUCGGUUGAAACGUGGUGGCGGUGGGAGGAUUAUAUUGUUUUCGUCGUCUCAGGUUGCGGCGUUCAGGCCUGGAUUUGCGGCGUAUACGGCUGCAAAAGCAGCGGUUGAGGCGAUGACGAAGAUUCUGGCGAAGGAGUUGAAGGGAACAGGGAUUACGGCGAAUUGUGUGGCUCCGGGACCGAUUGCGACGGAGCUGUUUUUCGGAGGGAGGACGGAGGAGCAGGUUAAGAAGAUUAUCGAUGAGUCGCCGUUGGGGAGAUUGGGUGAGACUAAGGAUGUUGCUCCUUUGGUAGGGUUUUUGGCUUCUGAUGCUGGUGAAUGGGUUAAUGGUCAGAUUAUUCGGAUUAAUGGCGAUACCAUGGCUGAUGCGGCCACAAUUGCAGAAGUAGAUUUUCCGAAAACCUUUGCAUUGCAAUUGUAAAUGUGAUUGUGGACCUAUAAUUUAAAACCUUGUAUUGUUUAGGUUACCAAGUGAUGAAACUCAAACUUGUAUCAAAGCUGUUUAUAUUCUUGUCACCAAAUUCUCAAAUCAAAUAAUUGAUAUUUUGGGAAU